AUGGGCCAAGCGCUGUCCGCGCAGCCAAUACACGAGGAGCCACAGCCGCAGCCGCAGCUUUGGCCUAUCUGCCUCUCCCCCUCAGAUCUUUUCUCCAACAACCCCCACCACUUCGGCCCCUACACGCCCGCCAAUGGCGGCCUUAUCCGCGCGCGCCAAAUCAUGGCGCAACUUCCGCCGGGAGACGCGCUCCCGGGGCUUCUUUCUAUCUUCCUCGACCGCCUUUCCUCCCCGUCUCUCUCCCCGUCCUCGGAGUUUUCCGCCUAUUCCCCCCGCUUGGCUCAGGCUUCCGCGCCUGUUUCAUCCGCCUCCUCCUCUUCCUCCUCCGCGUCUUCCGCAUCUUCCUCCUUCUUCGUCUCCUCCCCUUCCCCGCGCACGCGCGCGCUGCCCCCGCCGUACUUCCCCCUCGUGCAGCCGCAGCCGCUGACCCCGCGCUCGCGGUCGCUGCUGCUCCCCCUGGGCGGGGCGGAUGACGUCAUCCGCGCGGGGCUUCUGGACGUGCAGGCGCGCGCGGAAGCGGAGUAUCAGCGCCUAGUGGAGCGGAUAGAGGAGGCGGCGGAUCUCGGCGCGGAACUCGGCGGGGGGGAUGGCGCGGAGCUUGGCGAGAGAAGCGGGAGCGGAGGCGGAGGCGGAGGGGGAGCCCGCGGAGCCUAUUGGGGCAGCGUGCGCAGUCCUGGCGGAGACGGGGUGUAUGGCAGGGGGGAGUAUGCUGGCGGCGCUUUUGGCAAUGCCGCAACUGCGGAUGGGCGCAAUGCUACGAGGACGGAGAGCGGAGAGGCGGUGGAGAGCGGUGUUUAUAUAAACGUGGAGCGAAUGGAAGAGGCUCUGCUGGUGGGAAUGGCGUUUUGGAUGGAGUUCUGGGAGCAGUGGGGGGAAGACCCGAGCGCAUCGCUAGAAGCGCCCAGGGCGCGGCGGAGAUCCCUGGAAUCUCCGCGCACGAUGCUCUGGCGCGGCGGAGAGGCUGUGCCAGGCAGGGGGAAAUGGGGCGCGGGCGCGGGCGCGGGGGCAGGCGCUGCGCCAAUGCCUGUGAUGGCGCUGACUAGGUCCGCGCACGCGGAACGCGGUCCCCCCAAGGAGCGGAAGCAAGCUUCUGAUGGCGUGGAUUCUUCAGGUGCGAUGCCAGCAGCAGCAGAAGCUCCAGCGUCCCCAUCCCUUCCUCCACCAGCCAUCCCUGUGACAGCGGCAGUCCAACCUUCCCCAGUCCCCCCUUCCCCAGUCCCCCCUUCCCCAGUCCCCCCUUCCCCAGUCCCCCCUUCCCCAGUCCCCCCGUCCCCAGUCCCACCUUCCCCAGUUCCCUUCUCCUCAGCGCCUCCCCCGGCCGCUGCUGGGGGGUGGUUCAGGGCGAGUCUGAGGGAGAGGGAGUACGAGCAGUGGCAGGAUCUAUGUGUUUCUGCUGCUGUUUCUUCUGGUUCCGGAGGUGGUUCUUCUGCUACUACUCCUGCUGCUGUUGGUGGUGCUGCUGCUGCCAGUGGCGCUGCUGGUGGUGGUGGUGGCGCUGCUACUGCUGCUGCUGCUGGCACCACCAAUGCCACCACGAGCGUUUCAGUUCAGCCGCAGCGCCGGUCGUCUCUGCCUUCUCGCAGCUUGAAAGAAGGCAGGAGAAGAAGCGGCAAGGAAGCUUCUUCUGCUGCGCAAGGAGGAGAGGGCGGUGCAGGGGAGGCCGCUGCUGCUGCUGCUGCUGCUGCUGCUGCUGCUGCUGCUGGUGGCAGCACGGGCAGGAACCGGAGUGCUGAGGCACCCAGCAGUGUGUCUUCAAGCUGGUUCCCUGUAGGCUUUGGUGCUGCUGACAGUUUCCUCGCUGCUGCUCCAGCAGCAGCAGCAGCAACCACACCAGCAUUCGGCAGCAUGACUGGUCUUACUCUCAUGUCUCCUCUGACCGGCAUGGGCAGCAGCAGUUUCAAUACCAUGCCAUCCCCUUCCUCCUCGCUUCGGCCCCCUCGCAACCGCUCCCGAUCAGCUGCUUCGACCGUUGACAGCAGCAGCACGAGCAGCUUGAGCGCGGUCAGCCUCCUGCCCACUGUUGACGUGACCAGCGUCGCCGGCAGCAUGCUCCGGAGUUUUUCGGGCAGCUUGACGCUUUCGUCCCGCCCGAGCGAGGACGGGUCGGUUUCGGGCAGGAGCUUGAGGAGCAACGCGAGUGCUGUGGGGCAUGGGAGGAGGAGGUGGAGAUCCACCACUAGAAACGGGCUGCAGCAGAAAUUGGUCCAAGAUGUGCUUUUACUGGAUGGGACUGAAACGGAUGUGCCGCCGAGCUAUGCUGACGUGGCGAGGAUGCUGGGGCUUGCGGGGUCGUUGGCGGACCGCCAGCCUGUCAGCAUGGCGCUGUGUAUCCUGCGCGUGUUAGAUAUGGUCGGCCAGACUCGGCCUUUUAUGCGCGUGGAGGAAGGGAGUGAUGUGAGUGAUUUGGAGAGAGAGGAUUGUGAGGAGGGAGAGGAGGAGGGAGAGGAGGGAGAAGACACGGAGAGAGCGGAGAGAGAAGAAAGAACGGAGGAGGGAGCGAAAGAUGGAGCGUUUAGGGAGGGAAGUGAAGUGGGGCAGGAAGGGGAGUGUGUGUUGCGUUCAGAGGAGGUUGGGGAGGGACGUCCCUAUAACGAAUCCAAUCACCAAGCUGAAAGCAAUGACCGUGGCCAAGAGAAGGGUAGAGAGGCAGCAGGGGUGGAAGAGGCAGAGGAGCAGGCCGGGAAAGAGGCAUGGGCCGAACCAGAAACGCCUGCCAACGACCGCAGCAACAGCGUCAGGAACCGAAACAGGUUCGGCGACGACAGGCUCGGGGACGACAGGUUCGGCGCGGGGGGGAGGAGGGAGCUGGUGAAUGUGGAGGGGGAGAUGGAGAGGUACGCAGUGGACAAGGCGUGUCGGCACUUCAUAGUCUCGUGCCUGCUGGAUCUGCUUCAGCUGCAUGCUCACCACGCCUGCCGCCCCCAGCAGCCCUGCUUCAACCUCCCUGCCACUCCUGUCACGCCUGCGGCAACAGCAAAGGGCGCCUUUGAGCUGGUGGCAUCCAAUCGGGUGGUACCUGAACAGGUGGUAUCUGAGCAGGUUGUAUCUGAGGCAGGAGCGCCCUACCGGCUGGGAGAGCUAGCAGAGGUGCUACUAGUGGAAUCCACAGUGGCAACCAACGGGAUGAACCCCAUCGAAUGCGCUCAUCUGGACAGGCUGUAUCUGACCCACGGUACCGUCCAGGGGGGGCUGCAUCUGGGCCCGGGUAUUCUCGCUCUAGCUGUCGCUCUCGCCAUGCAGUCGCUCCCGAGCCUCUGGCCUGAUGACGUGGCGGAAGUGGCUGAGUUUUUAGAGGAGAUGGGGUGUGAGGAGGCGGGGUACCGGGCUCGCGUGCGGGUGCUUGGCAGCGUGUAUGCUACUGAGGCGGACUGUAAGGAGGUUAUAAGGAGGACGGUGAGGCCGAGAGGGGUUGAGCCGGUGAGGCGGAGGAUUCAGAGAGUGGUGGGGGUGGCGGAGACGGCGCUAACCCAUGCGCCGACUGAGGCGUCGCGAUCGUCGUAUGUGAGGAGGUUCUGUGAUGCUCUAAUGGAAGAGUUGCUGCAGGUGCUUCCCGAGGCUCUCCCGGAGGCUUGGCCCGAGCCUGCUCCCAUGCCUCCCCCUAGGAGUUUGAGUGGAGGGAGGGUGGGGAACGGGGAGAGGGUCAGCACGGAGGUAUUUUCGCCUCCACCUCUUUCCUGCCCUGCCGCCCUGCCUGCCUCGGUGUCUCUUCCCAAUGGCCUCACUGCCGGUUCACCAGCAGCACCAGCAGCAGCUGCUGCAGCAGCAGUUGCUGUCGUUGAUGCCGAACAGACCUCACACUUGUGCCACACCACCACCACCACCAUCACCACCACCAGCCACACGCCCUUCACCACCAACCCGGAUCCCCCAACAACACCUCCCGCCACCACUAGACCCCCCAAACCAGCCGCCCGGCUUCUGAACAUCCUUCCCGUAAUCCCAGACGCUGAAGCAGCGCCCAUGAUCCCGUGGGUGCGGGAUCUAGCAGAGGCGUACCUGCGCCUGAGCCGGCACCUGUCGCUGGACUCAGAGGGCGUGCGGCAGCAGCACGAGCGGCACACGGACGUGUGCGCGUGUAUUAUUCUCAGGUGCCUGGUGGCGGAGGUGGCGCGGGAGAGGGAAGAGGCGAGGGUGGCGGCUGCUGCGGCGGCUUCGCCUGGGUCGCCUGAUGCUGCUGGGUUGUCAGAAGGGGAUGGUUUGACUGGUUCGGCUGCUACGGUUGAAGCUGCUGAUGGUGGUGGUGCUGCUGCUACUGAUCCGGCUGUUGCUUUGCCAGGAAAUUCAAUGGAGGCCUUAUUGGGAGGGAGGGGAGGGGAGGAAAGCAGCAGCACAGACGCACAGCAGGAGACGCAGGAGAGGAGGGAGAGGGAGGAGCGGGAUGCGGCGAUGGCGGCACUGCUGGUGCAUCUGGACAAGGCGCCGGGGGGCACGGGGUCGCUGGCAUGGAAGGCCAUUGGGCGCAUGCUGGAGCGGCGGAACCCCACGCACCCUGUGUUGCCUGCUGUGUGGGUGCGGGCGGUUCUCAAUACCCACCUGGCUGUGAACGAGGAGGGAACGGGCACAGACGUUGACGCUCUCGAGCUCUUUGAUUGGUCGCUCGAGUCCCUCCUCGUGACUCUCCCAGGAGGCCCCGAGGCUGCCUCAUCCCUUCUCAAGGUCAUCGACUCUGCCGCACAAUGGGACUCCGCUGCAAGAUUAGAGAAUCCUGCUGCACAAUUGGGGAAUUCCGCACGAUUGGAGAAUCCUGCUUCACUAUGGGAGACGUCUGCUGUCGGCGGUUGUUGCUCUGGCGCAGCGCGGCUGUCGGAUGCGACACGUGUCGACGUGCUACUGGCCAUUGCUGCUCGCGUGGCGUGCACUAUUUAUUGGCGCUGGCCAAGGAGAAGAGACGCGCCGAGAUUUGUGGCUCAAGUGCUGACCCUGGCGCAUGGUACAGGUGAGACUGCUUGUGCUGCUGACCCCGCACAAGAAAGGUGUUGUGAGUACCUGUGCUGUUGUUGUAUACGGCAAGGGUAG